UUUUGUUUUGCCUUCGCAUGUUGUUGACGUGCGCGUGCUUUCUCGUCUGUAUUUUCCUACGCGUGUGUUAUAUUAAUCCGCCAGUUUUACAGUAACGUGUUAUGCGUAUAUUUUAAACACUAAAUUUGUGUGUAAAGCAGCUAUAUGAAUUUUGUGAUUCAGCAUUCAAGAGCGCAGAGAUUCAACUUCAACAUGGGACAAGUUUUUCUUGAGCAAGGCUAAAUCAAACGCUUCGCCAGAUCUUACUUAUAUCUGAUUUUGGGGGGGUUUACGAAGUUUUGGGAGUUGCUGGAGCUCUCGUGAUCUCAGAAGGGGCUGCAAUACAUUUGGAGACAUGGUUGUCAAUACGGUCCACUGGUUCAGGAAGGGUUUGAGGCUCCAUGAUAACCCUUCAUUGCGGGACUCUAUAAAGGGAGCCGAUAAUCUGAGAUGCGUUUACAUACUGGACCCCUGGUUUGCCGGAUCGUCCAAUGUGGGAAUCAGCAGAUGGAGGUUUUUGCUGCAGUGUCUCGAAGACUUGGAUGCCAGCCUUCGCAAACUAAACUCUCGGCUCUUUGUAAUCAGAGGACAACCUACAGACGUCUUUCCAAGACUAUUCAAGGAGUGGAAAAUCAGCCGGCUGUCAUACGAGUACGACUCAGAGCCCUUCGGGAAGGAUCGUGAUGCAGCUAUUAGGAAACUAGCCACUGAGGCAGGGGUGGAAGUGUUCGUCAGGAUCUCCCACACACUCUAUGAUCUGGACAAGAUCAUUGAGUUCAACGGAGGCCAGUCUCCCCUCACCUAUAAGCGAUUUCAAACACUUAUCAGUCGAAUGGAUCCUGUGGAGAUGCCAGCAGAGACAAUCACAGCUGAGAUUAUGGGCAAAUGCUCCACACCGGUCAGUGAUGAUCAUGAUGACAAGUUUGGUGUACCGUCUCUGGAGGAGCUCGGUUUUGAAACAGAGGGACUGUCCACUGCUGUGUGGCCCGGGGGAGAGACUGAAGCUCUGACUCGAUUAGAGAGACACCUGGAGAGGAAGGCUUGGGUGGCUAAUUUUGAACGCCCCAGAAUGAACGCUAAUUCUUUGCUGGCCAGUCCCACAGGCCUGAGCCCUUACCUGCGGUUUGGCUGCCUCUCCUGUAGACUUUUCUAUUUCAAACUAACAGACCUCUACAGGAAGGUAAAGAAGAACAGCACCCCGUCUCUGUCUCUUUAUGGCCAGCUGCUGUGGCGCGAGUUCUUCUACACAGCUGCGACUAACAACCCACAUUUUGACAAAAUGGAGUUCAAUCCCAUCUGCGUGCAGAUUCCAUGGGACAGGAACCCAGAGGCUCUGGCCAAGUGGGCCGAAGGUCAGACCGGUUUCCCGUGGAUUGAUGCAAUAAUGACCCAGUUGAGGCAGGAGGGAUGGAUCCACCAUCUGGCCAGGCAUGCAGUUGCUUGCUUCCUCACACGUGGAGACCUGUGGAUCAGCUGGGAAGAGGGCAUGAAGGUGUUUGAGGAGUUGUUGCUGGAUGCAGACUGGAGCGUCAAUGCAGGAAGCUGGAUGUGGCUUUCGUGCAGCUCAUUCUUCCAGCAGUUCUUUCACUGUUACUGUCCAGUGGGCUUCGGUCGACGUACUGACCCUAAUGGAGACUAUAUAAGACGCUAUUUGCCCAUACUGAGGGGCUUCCCUGCCAAAUUCAUCUAUGACCCUUGGAAUGCCCCAGAAAGUGUUCAGAAGGUCGCCAAGUGCAUAAUUGGAGUGCACUACCCCAAACCAAUGGUUAAUCACGCUGAGGCUAGCAGGAUAAACAUUGAGCGAAUGAAGCAGAUUUACCAGCAACUCUCCUGCUACCGGGGCCUUGGGCUCCUUGCAACUGUUCCAUCAAACACAGCCAACAAUGAAGAUAGUAAUGGAGCAGGUCCUUCCUCGGGAGACACACAGGAGAGAACUCACAUUACAGUGCACACCUUACCAGCAAGUUCUCAAUCAGAGUUUCCAGCAUUUGCAGUGUCAUGUGGUCAACAGCUUGUCAACAGUGUGCAGCCACAGCCAGGUUACUCAGGUGCUGGCAUGGUUGGACAAGCUCACAAACAGACACAGAGAGUAAGAGGAAUGACUGCUUUUAAGCGACAUGGUGAAGACCGAACAACAGAUUUUCCAUCAAAGAUUCAGAGAAAUGACUGCAAUUAACCAAGGAAGCAAGAAUAAACACACAAACCUUUCCUCAGACUAGUGAUGAGACCAAAUCUGAACAAAGGACAUCUCUGCAUGGCUAAUCCACUUCUCCAUGCUUCGCUGUGCCCUUUAUGCUUUGCCAUCGUGUCAUUCUGCUUGUUUAGCUUGAGUUAGCAUCAAGGUCAAGCGUGGUGGACCAGGAAACUGUAAACCAAGCCAGUUGAUGUGACACAAUCUACGUAACUACAGCAUUUUAUCAUGUAAGCUGUUUGUUGAUGAGGAAAACGCUUUGUCGUAUUAUUCACACAAUCCACAACUUGUAUGUCAUUUCUCUUUGUGGCCGUAUGUGUCUAGCAUACCAUUUAAUGUCUAUUAUGUGCAUUGUUUUGCCUUUUAUUUUGGCAGUAAUUGUGUUUUAAACAAUUCUAUAAAAUAAAAGAGGGAUUUAUGGAGAAAUUCACAUCUUAAUAGUGAUAAGCAAGACUUUAUCAGCCAUUAAUUCAAACCUUUAGUAGCACUUUGAUUAAUUAAAUAAUUUGAAGUUCAAUAUUAAUUUAUAGAGAAACGCAUUAAAAUUUAAAAACUAAAAUUCCAGAGCAAGAAACGUUAUAUUUAGAGUUUUUGUUUUGCUUUUUAUAAGCGAGUAAUUUUAUCAUUGAGGCCUGUGGCUCUUAUAAGCACAAUUGGAUUUGUUUCAAGGUCUACUAUGUAUAUAUUAAUGCUUAUAUUGUAAGUAAUACAGUUGGCAAACCAUUGUACAUAACUUCUUUUUUUCUUGCUCAUUUACAGACUUGCCAUUGUAUAUUUUUUAUACGAGAGAUAAUACAUUUUUUGAUUGCCGUAA